UCCUGCCUCAUCUUCCCAGAGUGCUGGGAUUUCAGGGCGUUAACUGUACACAACAAAUCUGUCUGCUCUCCCUGGUCACAGCCCUGGAUCGCGUAUAUGUGGAAUGUUAUACGUGGGUUCAGUUCAGGACCCUUUGGUGGUGGUGAAAAAUCAGACCGUCAGCAAGAAUACCGUGGAAUACGGCACUGAAAUUGCAAAAAUGCAGGAGCUGGCCCCGGAUCAUUUGUUGGCAGUACUUACUGGCGGAAGUCAGUUUUCAUUUCAAGAUGUCCUUUUCCAACUGGCCUUGGGCGUAGGAUGUCGGAGAACCCAGAGCAGGAGGGCUGCUUCUUCCCGUCAGGAAGUGAUCACAGUGCGCGUUCAGGACCCCCGCAUGCAGAAUGAGGGCUCCUGGAACUCCUACGUGGACUACAAGAUCUUCCUCCAUGUGAGCUCGUGGGGCGGGCGGGCUGGCCCCCUUGGUGGUCCCCGCCUUACCCUCUGCCUCACCUCCCUGCAGACCAACAGCAAGGCCUUCACCGCAAAGACUUCCUGCGUGCGGCGCCGCUACCGCGAGUUUGUGUGGCUGAGAAAGCAGCUGCAGAGAAACGCCGGCUUGGUCCCUGUACCCGAGCUUCCUGGGAAAGCCCGGUUCUUUGGCAGCUCUGACGGGUUCAUUGAGAGGCGCCGCCAGGGCCUGCAGUACUUCCUGGAGAAGGUCCUGCAGAGCGUGGUCCUCCUGUCGGACAGCCAGCUGCACCUCUUCCUGCAAAGCCAGCUCUCGGUGCCCGAGAUCGAGGCCUGCGUGCAGGGCCGGAGCCCCACCACGGUGGCCGACGCCAUCCUGCUGUACGCCAUGUCCAACUGCGGCUGGGCCCAGGAGGAGCAGCCCGGCGCGGCCUGCCAGGCGCAGGGCGAUCAGCUCAACAGCAGUUGCUGCUUCCUUCCAAGGUCCAGGAGGAGGGGCUCACCCUCGCCGCCCCCCAGUGACAAGCAGGACGGACUGGCAGGAUGGGCCCCCGUGGUUGACUCCGAGGAGCCUUCCCUGGAAAGCCCAGUGCUGCCGCCCCCCUCCUCGCCGCCAUGCUGUGACCCUGACGAGGGACCCCCUGCUCCCCAGCCUGAGAGGCUGGAGCCCAGGUCGGCCUCGAACUCACUCCGGCCCAGGCUGGCCUGUGAACUCGCAGCGACCCUCCUGCCUCAGUCUCCCUCGCUGAUCGGCGUGGAAAUGAGGGUUCAGAACGGGCACAGCUGCCGUCCGCCCCAGUCCGCCGCCUUCCGGAGCCGGAGCCGGGAUGCAGCUCCCCUCCGGGGCUGGAGCCGCGUCAGGUGUGAUUUACCUGCCCGGUCGCCCCUCGCAGCCUGCGAGCCCGGCCAGGUGCUGAACGGGAGGUCGUUUGUCAACAGGCAGAUGCCGAGCCGGCUGGCGCUCAUCCUUGCCUCCCGCCCGCCUCCCCUGGGCCUCUCCUUCAUCCGAGGCAGCCGAGCAAGGCGAGACUCGAAAACGCACGGUGGCAGAUCCAAAAGUGUCAAAAGAAGUUCAUUGAAGAGGGGGGUUAAAAAAAACCCCACACGCAGCCCUCGCAAAAACCCGACAGAUGCUCAGCUAAUGGCAUCCGCGCCGCCGAUUGGUGGGGACGGCUCAUGAAUAUUAAUGAGCCCGGGGCUCCAAAUGGUGCAGCUGUGAACCCAGCUGUGCGCAGCGCUCUGAUCUCGAAAGUUCCAGACCGGAGCCGGAGGGUGGUCCGCGGCAAUUCCCCACUCGGCCAAAAAGCAGCGACCUCCUUCCGCCCGCCCCCUUCCCCAGUCGCUCUGCCAGCAGGCGCCGCGCAGGCAGCCUGCGAUUUCCGACUCGCAGCUUUUUUUUUAACGAUCCAUUAGCAGCUUGCUCUGCAGUCCCGAGUGCAUCCAGCCGGGUGCGGGUUUGGUGCAGUGCUGAGUGGAGGAGCGGGGCAGCCGCGUCCCGGGAAGGGAGGGCUCCGGGACGGUCCCCAGGGGCCCCCAGGUCUGGUGACCUCUCCGGGAGUGGCCCACCCACCUGUGUUACACAAUGAAAGCUCUUUGCAUUUACAGGGUGAGGCUUGCUUUAGUCACCGUUCUUCUUUGAGCCAGGGUCUCUCUCCGCAGCCCAGGCCGGCCUUCAGUUCACAGCAACCCUCCUGCCUCAGCCUUCCAAAUGCUGGGGAUCACAGGCCUACGCCGCCACCCUGGCCUCUCCGUCUUUCUCCUGAAAGCUAUUUCCUUGGGCUGAGCCUUGUCAUCUGUUACUGAGGGGAAGUAAGGGGACCUGGGUGUAUGGGGGGUGUUAUUUGGUGAAGUGCAUGUCUGAGUGUGUGUGUGUGUGUGUGUGUGUGUGUGUGUGCGCGCACGUGUGUGUAGGGGAAGCUUUGGUUUUCUUACAUUAGGGUAACCUUGUAUGCAUCUUCUAGGACCUCAGUGCCUGGUGAGGAGGGUAGGCAGGUUUUACCCUCCACUUUCCACUGAGAGACCCGGUGUGGUGGUGCACACCA